CUCUGCAUCUGCACGUGUAUUUUUGUGUGGCAACAACAUUUGCUACUAGUUUAAGUGCCGAAAAAUCGCAGAAAACAUGGUCAGUUCGGAGCCAAAAGGACCUGCCAAGGUGGCCAAAACGACCUCGCCGGGGAAGCCCGCCAAUGGACAGAAAUUUAAGCCCGGCGGAGCUGGUGGCGCCAGGAAAUUCGACAAAUCCGGCGGAGGGCCGGGCAAAAAGUUCGACAAACCAGGUGCAAAUGGUCCCAGGAAGUUCGACAAGUCCGGAUCCGGGGCCUUCAAGAAGUUCGACAAACCCGGGCCAGACGGCGCCAAGAAGUUCGGCGGCGGCGGCGGCAACAAGUUCGCCGAGGGCAACAAGUUCCGGGGAAAACCACAGGCACAGCCACAGGCGCCGGCAGAGGGCGAGAAACAGGACUGGAACAAGUUCAAGCAGGAAAAGAAGGACCUCAAGCUCAAGCGCAAGAGCUCCAAGGACACCUACGAGAUCACCAAGGAGGCCAAGCAGAUCUACGAGAAGCUGCGAUGCCGCAAGACGGAGAACAAGGACAAACUGGUGGAGCAGAUAUACAAGGUGCUCAACGUGGGCGACACCAUCUCGAAGGUGGUCAAGGCCCACGACACCGCCCGCGUGCUCCAGUGCAUGCUGAAGUACGCCUCGCCGGCUCUGCGGGCCGAAAUCUCCGAGCAGCUGCUGCCCUUCACCGUGAUCAUGUGCCAGUCGAAGUACGCCCAGUUCUGCGUUCAGCGGAUGCUUAAAUACGGCUCCCCGGCCACCAAGUCGAAGCUGGUGGACAGCCUGUACGGCCAAAUUGUCCGUUUGGCCGGACACAGCAUUGCCAGCGGAUUGCUAGACACGAUGUACCAGAGUGCCACGCCCCAGCAGCGCAUCCAUAUGCGUCAGGAGUUCUACGGCGAUCUGUAUCGAAAGGCCAAGGAUUCGAAUGUCAAGACACUGAGCGACACCUACAAGGAGGCCACAAACAUGAAGGCCUCCAUCCUGGGCUCGGUGAAGGCGAAUCUGGACCAUGUGGCCAACAAGCAGCUGGUGGACAGCUCGCUGGUGCACGCCGUAAUGCUAGAAUACCUGCGCGCCUGCGACGAGGAUGAGGAGAAGCUGGAGGAGACGGUCACUGCGUUUGCGGCCCUGGUGCCCCACAUGCUGUCCACCAAGGAGGGCAGCGAGGCGGGCGUUAUCUGCUUCUACAAGUCCACGCCCAAGAACCGACGAGCCAUCAUCAAGAACAUCAAGGAGCACCUGCUGAAGAUCGCCACCCACGAGCAUGGCCACGUCUUUCUUAUCUCGCUGCUAAACUCCCUGGACGACACCAAGGCCACCAAGAAGGCCAUCUACGACCAUCUGCACGGCGAUCUGAAGACGCUGGUGGGCAACCAGUAUGGACGACGAGUUGUCCAAUGGCUAGUGGCCCCGGGCGAUACCACAUGCUUCCACCCGGAGUUCAUUCGCGUGGUGGACGAGGGUCUGGCCUUUGGCAAAAAGGAGAAGGAGCUGCGUCGCAAGGAGAUCUUCGAGCAGAUCGAGGCGCCCAUUGCACAGGCCAUCGCCGAGGAGGCGGACUUCUGGCUGUCCAACAGCCACAUUGGCCUGGUCACCGCCGACAUUCUUAAUCACAUUCAAGGCGAAUCCUAUGAAAAGGCGGCUGCAGCCCUCGCCCAAGUGGUUGCCCAGCCGGAUUGGCGCAUUUCAGCCGAUGCCGCUGGGCCCGUGCCGCAGGACAAGAAGAAGCCCCACAACGAUGUGGAGGCCAUCAUAGCCGAGGCCACCAAACAGCGCAGGAAGCUGCUAAAUGCCGAUAGCAGCAGCAGCAGUAGCAGUGACGAAGGAGAUGAAGAUGGGGAUGAAGAAGAAGAUGGCGAGAAGGAGCCGCAGACGGGUGAGGAUGAGGAUGAAACCGAGCCGGAGCUGAAGAAGACCAAAAAGGAGGCCAACAAAUCAAAGGCAAAGGUGGAGGAGCCGGCGGCUGCUCUGGUCAUCGGAAUAGAGGAGGCCGGCAUGCACAUUGUGUUAAAGAAGAUCCUCAAGAACGAUGGCAAACGCGAGGGCCAUCCCUUCAGCCAAAAGCUCCUGCAAAGCCUGUCCACCGAUGUGCUCAAAGUCUGGCUGGGCGUGAACCGCUCCUGUUUCGUGCUGCUGAAGCUGGUGGAGGAGAGUCCCGCGCUGCUGGAGGACUGCAAGAAGGCCAUCGCGGCGGAGAAGAGCCUGAGCCAGACGCUCGUGAAACAGAAGACGCUCGGGGCCAAACUGCUGGCCGCCAAGCUGAACAUUGGCAAAUGAAAACCCCUUUUAGCUUAGAAAAACCUAACACUUUAAAAUACAUAAAUCUAUAUUGAAAUGACUGUA